UAUACAGAAAGGCACAGUAGGAGGAUGGGAUACAAAAAAGGGCCUGACACGGCGCACUAUCUUUCAAGUAAUAGCCCUGUGUUCGUCUCAUCUUCGGGACGACUAUAAAAAGUAUAUCCCUACCUCUCUUUACAGACACACACCAUCCUUCAUAAAUGCGGGCCUCGUCCACCAUCCUACUAUCUUCAGCAAUUCUCUUACUGGCAGCAACCGAGGACAUCCACCGACGCGCCCUCAACGUCGUCGAUGCCCAAGUCUCAGUCCCCGGACGAUUCCCCGCCAAUUUCGCAGGAUCUCUCUACCGAGACCCUCCUUCCCUCACCAGCACCGUAGUCUUUCAGUACCAUCACAGCGAUCAUUUUAUCGACCAUACCAAGAUCCGAGGACCACCUCCGACCCUGCGCCUACCACAUCUCGACAAUGCCCAGCUCCUGAGCGACGAAGAGAUCUCUCGUCGACAACUCACCGAACGAGGGCUCGAACCCGAUGGAGCUUACCAGUUUGGAAAAGCGAUCGCCGUUGAAUCCUUCGAUAGCAUUUCAACCCUCACAAGGGGCCGCUGGAUUUCAUUGAAGUCGUUGAAGCACCAGCGGUUCAUGUACACUCGCGAAGACGACGAAGACGUGCUCGUCUGGCAACUCGAAAUCUAUUCCCAAUCGGCACUUUCGUUGAACUUGAUCUUCUCGGAAUUCCAUCUCCCCGAGGGUACCGAGUUUUUUGUUUCGGGACGGCGGCAUAUCUUGGGCGCGUUCACGGCUGCAAUUAAUAAUAAGCCUGAUGGGAUCUUCGCCACCGCACCCGUCGCCGGAGACAGGUUGUUGUUGGAGUACUAUACACCGAAGAAAACGCUGUUGCGAGGGCUGGUGCCGAGGAUCCAGCUGAGUCAUGUGGUGCAUGGGUACAAACCUGCUCCGCUCGCUGCGUCGUCCGAUCUCACGGAUAUGGGUCUGCGCCGUCGGGACAGAUCGUUUAUCCCAAGGACUGCGAAGAGGAGUGAAUUGAGGGACCAGUUUACCUUGGACAAUAUGGGAGAGUGGGAUAGGGAUGCGAAGGAUGAGAUGCUGCCGCCGAUUCGAGCUAUGUCGGGUAAAUGCAAUGUAGAUGUGGCCUGUCAUAGUAACGAGUAUUAUGAGCAAAGUCGGAGCGUUGGCGUGAUUUUGACGGAUUAUAACCAGAAGUAUUGCACGGGGGCGUUGGUCAACAAUGCGCGACAGGACGGCCGGCAGCUCUUCUUGACAGCAAAUCACUGCUCAGAAUUCCCAGAUACGAGCGCCCAUAUCGUCAUGUUCAACCAUGAGAAGCUCCAAUGCGGAUCCAACUCCGAGGUCGUGAACGAGCACGACACAGCCAUGGGCCUCGUCAAGCUGGGGAACUACGCCCCUAGCGACUAUACCCUUUACGAAAUCGUGGAACUCAUCCCUGACGCCUAUAACCUUUACCUCUCCGGAUGGUCCGCCCUACCGAAAGCGCCCUCCAGUCGUCCUCGUACGCCUGCUCCCCCUCCUCCCUCUGAAGAGGGCACUGAAGAAAUCCUGUCCGGCCCAUGGAGAACCACUCGAAGCAACAUUAAAGAUCGGGUUGGUCGCCUCCAAGUUCAUCGCAGGAAAGACCCCACCCCCCAUUUCUCACCUAUGGUGCCCGAAGACGAUUCCGCGACCCAUAUCCCCAUCGUGGGGAUCCAUCACCCCUCCGGCGACUCCAAAAAAAUCUCCUUUUUCUUCAACGGUACACUCCCGCGAGCCUGUUGGGCCGAAUGUGGGUUAGAUGAAUAUUUUCACUGGAAGAUCCCUCGAUGGGACAAGGGCACGACCGAGCCGGGUUCGAGUGGAUCACCCCUGUUCGAUGCAGACAAGCGGAUCGUUGGGCAGUUGCACGGCGGGUCCGCGAGUUGUUGGGACCGAGAUGGGUAUGAUGCCUACGGAGCCAUCCAUGCGUCCUUCCAGACCCCACCUAAGAUUAAGAAUCGCUUGGCGACCUAUUUAGAUCCUGAGGGCGAAGGCGUCAAGGUCAUGGAUGGGCGUAGCCUUGAGAUCGCGAGGCGGGAGACACGGGAGCGGAAGGAGCAUGAAGGCGAGCAGGAGAGUGGGGAAGUAAUGAAAGAGACAGAACAGCAGUGGGUGGGACCUUUGGGAUCGACGAGUAUGGAGAAGCCGCUGGGGCUGAGAGGGGAGGACAAGAGGUGGUUGUUUUCGAGAGCUCCGGAUAUGUUUGGACGGACGCAUGAUGUUAUUGAAAAGACCUGGCAGCGCCGUGUCCAGCGACUUGAGGACCUCGAGGAGGAGGAUGGCUGAGGAUUCAUUGGCGGAAGCAGAGCAGGAAACAGGAACGCAGUUCCAUUACAUUUAACUAUCGAUGAAAGACGACAGCUUCUUUUGUAUAUAAUACACAUUUUUUUUAU